CCCCGCCGCCCGGCUCCGCCUCCCAGGCUCUGGGACCACUGGCAAGCCUUCUUUGAUUCCCGGUCCCACCCACGCUUGCCUCGGCCCGGGAGCCCCACCCACCCUUUCACUCCUCGGCUCAGCUGCCAGCAGGGUACCGCUGGCCGGCGAGCCGGGCGGGCGCCGCGUCUCCAGCAUCCACGAGGGACUCCAUCGAAGCUCGCGCGGACAGCGGAGCAGGAAUCGGCCCCAGAGGACCCAUGGCGCCUACCGCGACCCCUGACUUCCUCCUGCGCGUCCUGGCUCCGCUGCUACUGUUAUUGCUGCUGCUGGUGUUGGAACCUCUCUGGGCGGCCUGCAAUGGCACCCUCUCUCUUUGCUAUGAAUUCACCACCUAUCCUAAGCCCCCGCCCGGACAGCAGUGGUGCACAAUCCAGGGUCUGGUGGAUCAGAAAACGUUUCUUUCCUAUGACUGUGGGGGUGUCAAAGCCAAAUCCAUGGAUGUCGUUGGAGGAAAGGUGAACAGCACCGAGACCUGGGGACAGCAGCUACAAACACUACAGGAUUUGGGCCACAAGUUCAGAAAGUUGCUGCUUGACAUUAACCCUGCUCCCCACAACCUGUCGGCAGUGAUGACCUGUCACCAGAAAGCUGAUGGAUACUUCAACGGGUCCUGGCAGUUUGGUGUCAGUGGACAGACUUUGCUCCCUUUUGACUCAAACCAAAUAAAUUGGAUGGAGGUCCUUCCUGGACGGAGUUACAUGAAGGAGUGGAAGAAUGACAAGGAGCUGAGCCAAUUCUUAUACCGGACAUCAAGGGAGGACUGUGGGAGUUGGUUGAAAGCAUUCAUGGAGCGUGGGAAGGAAAGUCUGGAGACCAGAGGUAACUGGGAAGAGGAGGAGGAAGAGGUGGCUCCCUUUGGAUGAGGUGUUCCCUUGUGUAUGCGCCCAUGUGUGUGUGUGUGUAUGUGUAAGUAAUCCAUCUACGGUGAUCUGGAAUGCUUUUUCACGGGGCAUCAGUGCCAGAUGUAUACUACCCAUCUUUUCCCUUCUCCCCUCCUAACGUCUCUUCCUCACUGCAUGAGCUUGUGAUGCACCCACCGUGGAUUUCUUGCUGACCUCCACACUGUAGGCAUCCUUCUCUUGCCAGGCCUUCCCUUGGAAUCACUUGCUUUUUUAUCUCACCUGGUUUCUCUCUUGAAAUCUUUCAAACCCACCUCACACAUCAGCUCCUGACACCAUUCCCUACCACUCUCACCAGGGGUCACUUCCUCUUCUGACACCAGCAAGGGUGGGUUAUGUUGUGACCUUGCCUGCUCAAUACCUACGUGUGUCCCUAACCCCAGGGACCUCCUUCUCCUUCUCUGCCCACCUAAGACCUGUCACAGUGGCUGCCACAGAGCAGAGGGUUGGAAGCUGUCUGUACUGCUGGUUUAGCUGAGGUAGCUAGAGCUGAGAAGGCAGCCCAGGAUUUGGGCUCAGGAAAAAGGCUGAAUCUCUCAGGUUUCUACUCCAGCACCAGCCACCACACCACUCACUCCCAAGGCCACCAACCUGAGUUGCGGGACCCAGGUAGUGAUCGGGAUCGCAGCCUUCAGCCUCCUAAUUCUCAUCGCAGGAAUUUUCUUCUGUAUCAGGUCAGUGAUCAGAAUUGGGAGGGAGGCAUUCAGCAAGAGGACUACAGAGGAGAAAGUGAGUGCUCAGAGUCUCUGUCCCUCACUGCACCUUGAAAUGGAACAGAAGAGUGAGACCUCGAGUCACGUGAUAGCAGUGGCUCAACAAGCUCAGCCCUUGGUGGGGAGAAUUGACCCCUGGCAUGCACACGCCAGAGGUAGAGUGUCCAUACCAACAUUAGGCCUGCUGUGUUCUACAGGGUUUUAGCAAAACAAAGCUGGUUCCCUCCACAUUCCUUCUGGGGAGGGACCAGUGAUUCAAGGUAUGAACAGGGAAGGACCACAAGGAGGGAGAAUGUCUAUAUGGGGUGAUAGCAUCAUG